CGUAUUUCCCUUUUCGCAUGCCUUUUGGAUUGAAUGUGUGUUGGAGUGAUCAUUUGAGGCACAUACAAUUCUUGAUUCCAGCUUAAACAUGUUUAAAAUUGAGGGUCUUGGGCCAAAGAUGGACCCGGAGGAGAUGAAGAAAAAAAUGCGCGAAGAUGUCAUCACGUCUGUUCGUAAUUUUUUGAUUUAUGUCGCGGUUCUGCGAGUCACACCCUAUGUUUUGAAGAAGCUGGACAGCAUAUGAAGAUUGACCAUGAACAGAAACAUUCCCUGAGAUGAGCAUGAAGGACUCUGCUGUACAGUCACGGUCACUUACACAGCAGUUAAUAAAGAAAUGAUGUAACUUUG